AUGGAUAUCGGUGCAGACGGGGAAAUGGUCAUAGACCCCAAACCACGGGAGGAAUAUACCAUAGGAUGGGUAUGCGCCCUACCCAAAGAACAAAUAGCAGCAGUACCAAUGCUAGACGAACGUCACCGGAAUAUAACCUCUAAAUCACCGAACGAUGAAAACGUAUACACACUCGAAGCCGCCAGUUUGGUAGGGUUCCCAGCUAUAGUUAUACGGGGUAUUUGCGAUUACGGCGACUCAAAUAAGAAUGACGAUUGGCAAGAGUAUGCUGCUGCCGCGGCUGCUGCUUGUGCUAAAGAGUUCAUAAAUCGCAUUGAACCAGCUGUUGCAGCGGAGGUCAGCAUUAUGAAGGAAGAUUUCGAUAGAGUUAUCGGCGAGAUUGCUAUACUCCGAGGCAACUUAUCUGGAGAUGAAGAACGUAAAGUGCUAGAUUGGAUAACUUCAAUCGAUGACAGCACUCAACAUAACGACUUCCUUAACCGAAGGCAACCAGGAACCGGUGAAUGGAUACUAAAUUCCGAGGCCUAUCAGAAUUGGCUAAACACACCCAAGGAAAUAUUAUAUUGUCCCGGCAUUCCGGGAGCAGGAAAAACAAUUCUGACAUCUGUUGUUAUAGACAACCUGAUAGACCGGUAUUCACAUAAUCCUGAAGUUGGAAUCACAUAUAUUUACCUUAAUUUCAAGGGUAGCGCACAAUUACGCAUAGAUGAUAUACUAUCAAAUAUUCUCAAACAACUUGUACGCACACAAGCCUCGCUACCACGAUGCAUAAAGGAACUUUAUGACCGUUAUAAGGGCAGCCAACCACCUCAAUCAAAUAUUAUAAAAUCCAUCUACACUAUUUCCGCAAAGUAUUCCAGGGUUUUCAUUGCUGUCGAUGCACUUGAUGAAUACCAAGAUCGCUCGGAAUUUCUCGAGAAACUAUUCGAAAUACACGACCAUCAAAAUUUGAAUAUCUUCGCCACUUCACGUCCGAUUCCGGAGAUCCGGCAGAAAUUUAAGAGAAGGGAGACCUACAAAGAAUGCGAAAUACGGGCAUCUGACGAAGAUGUUAAGCAGUACUUGGAAGGAAAAAUUCUACAGCUUGGGACCAACGUCGUAAAAGCUAAUAAAGAGGCUAUUAAACAUAAGAUAUCAAAUCUUGCCCAAGGGAUCCCAGCUAAGCUGGUUUGCGGUAUACUGGUAAUAUUGACUAAGAAAGCACAACUCAGGUUUCUCCUAGCACAUCUCCAAUUCGAAGCCAUCAAAACCGCACCAACACUUAAAGCCGUAAAGAAAAUACUAAGUGGCUUUAGCAAUGGUGGAGGGACCUCAAAUAGCGCAUACGAUAGCACAUACCGGGCCAUCAUGGAGAAGAUUCAGGGAAAUAGCAACAAAGAAUUAGUGGAUAUGGCCUUUAAAGUGUUAAUGUGGGUGACUUGUGCGUCGAGGCGUCUUAACAAAGUGGAACUUCAGCAUGUUAUUGCAGCUGAACCUGAAGGGCUCGCUUCAUUUGAUAGGGAUAAUAUUUCUGAUAUCGAUGAUCUUAUUUCAUUUUGUCUUGGCUUUGUUAUAAUUGAUGAAAAAAGUAAUAUCGUCAGAUUAAUCCAUUACACCGUGCAGGAAUAUUUAGAACGGGAAAAAGAAUUGUGGUUUUCACAUCCGCAUAGCUCCAUUGCGAAAGUAUGCACUAUCUAUUUAUCAUAUGACGUUUUCAAAUCGGGGCCAUGCAAGAGCGCAAAAGACUUCACAAAGAGACUAGGAUUAAACCCUCUAUACAGGUAUGCUGCGGAUAACCUCGGAUACCAUGCCCGAGAGUCUUCAUGCGAGGAAGAGAGUUACUGCCUGGAGCCCGGAGCGGACCGCUGCACACUACAAAUCGGAGUUACACAACAUAUAUCAAACUUUUUGCUCGAUGAUGAUUUGCGGCUAGCUUGCCUUCAAGCUUUACUUCGAUACGAGGAUCCGAGCUACGUUUGGUGUCAAAAGCGGGCUGAUAUAGACCAAAUGCAAGCGCUCCACGUUGCGGCGUACCUCGGGUUGGCUCGGGCAGCGGAACUGCUCUUGGCGAGGGGCGGGGUGGAUCUGGAGGCCAAAGAGAACGAAGGCAGAACACCGCUGUCGUUGGCAGCAAAAAGCGGGCAAAACGAUGUUGUUAAAGUGUUGAUCAAAAAUGGGGCGAAUCUAGAAGCAAAGGAUAACGAGUAUCUUCGCACACCAUUAUAUUUUGCGGUAUUAAACAACAGAGAAGAAACUAGUAAGCUGCUGGUAGGAUAUGGGGCGGAUUUAGCAGCUAGAUGUUCUCGGUAUAGUACGCCGUUGGAGGCAGCGGUAGAUAAGAGAUAUCGAGGCAUAGUUCGGUUUCUGGUCGAUAGGAUGGUACAAAUGGAGAUUAAAAGGGUUACGCGCGACGUUGUGCUCGCCUCGGCACUGUACGGAUAUGAAGAUGUUUUAAAAUCAAUGUUGAAGAGAGGAUGCGUUGCAUGGCCGCCACGAGGGCAUUGUCGAGCUGCUAAAAAUGGGUUGGAAAGUGUUGUCCGGCUGCUCGUUGAUAAGGCGGACCUGGAAGCUGAAGCCGAUUGCGGCCGCGGGACACCGACCUCGUACAGGAUACGGGUCUCGUACAGGACACCGCUUUCGGUCUCAGUGGAGAAGAGGCGCCGAGACCUUGUUGAGCUACUGUUGGAGAAAGUAGUACGUGUGACAGCCCCUGCUUUAUCGGCAGCAUUUAAGAAUAAGGAUGAGGAUAUGGUCAAUAUGCUGUUGGAGAGGAAGCAGGAUCCGGAAGGGGCGGGCUCUCAGGGCAACACACUGCUAUGCGUCGCAGCACAAUAUGGACACGAAGCUGCAAUUAGGUUGCUGAUAAGCGAGGGAGCGAACAUAAAAGCCGAGAACGAAUAUCAUCAAACGCCAUUGUCAGUUGCCGUGGAACAUGUCUCUGAGGUUGCGGAAGUGUUGUUUAAACUGAUGAAUCGAGAAUUUGAAGCGGAUCCGGAAGAUAUCAUCGACUAUCUGAUCGAAAUGGGGGCGGAUUUGGAGGGGAAGAGUGGCCAAGAAGCGUUAUCGAUCGCAACAAAAAGCUAUGACGUAGAGAUGGUGGAGUGUUUGUUGAAGAAGGGAGCACGCCCGACAGCCGGCUUGCUACCGUGGGCAGUAUUAUAUGAAUACGAAGGCGUUGUCAGGCUGUUGAUAGACAAGGGAGCGGACCUGGACGACACCGACAACUGCCACAGAACGGGACUUUUCAUUGCGGCAUUAGAAGGGUAUUUAAGCAUUGUUAAGACUCUAGUUGAGGCGGGUGCAGACUUGGAGGCCAGCAACAACCACGGUUACACACCUCUAGCGAUUUCCGCACAAGGUCACCACGAUGUUGUCGAAUUUUUGUUGGAACGGGGAGUUCAUAUAGAAACCAAAAACAAAUGCGGAGAAACUCCACUAUUCAUCGCAGCGCGGGAGGGCGAAGAUGGGAUUGUCGACCUAUUGAUACAAAACGGGGCCAAUCUGGAGGCUUUGGACAAUGGCCACAAAACACCACUAUCAAUCGCGGCGGAAAACGGACACGAAAGUACAGUUAGACUGUUAGUGGACAAGGGAGCAAAUUGGGAAACCCAAGACAAGAACGGGAAAACACCAUCGGAACUCGCAACGGGCAAGGGACACACAGCCAUUGUCCAAUUUUUGACAGAGAGGGUUUAUCUAAGACAAAUCGGGCGCGGUCCUAGUUAA